AACGGUCACAUUAGCGCGCUGGCAACAUAUUUUUUUUACUAUCUAGUGUGACCAAAAUUAUUAUUAUUUUCACGUGUAACACAUAAAACAUCUACAAAAGCAAGCACCAGCUAAAAUAAAGAAACCGAACCCCGAUCAGCGAACCAGCAGUGGACCAGCCGCAGAAAAGGCAGGAGCUCCAAAAUUAUCCCGCCAACCUCGAAAAAAUUCGCCCGCAAAACAGCGGCGUUCCCUUAGCCGGAACAACAAGAAGAAGAAGCACGUGUACGGCGUGCCGUGAAGAAAAGGGGGAAAAACUAAACAACGAGGAGGAGCUUAAGGGGCUGGCCAAGAUCAUCAUUAUCCCAGUUGAAAAUCGGAGGACAUGGUGCCCAUUGGAGCCGUUCAUGGCGGCCAUCCAGGUGUAGUGCAUCCGCCACCGCAACCGCUGCCCACAGCACCUAGUGGCCCGAAUUCGUUGCAGCCUAAUUCGGUCGGGCAACCGGGUGCCACCACCUCAUCUAAUAGCAGUGCCUCCAACAAGAGCUCGCUGUCGGUUAAGCCCAACUACACGCUCAAGUUCACCCUAGCAGGGCACACCAAGGCUGUAUCGGCGGUCAAGUUCAGUCCGAAUGGCGAGUGGCUGGCCAGUUCCUCUGCUGAUAAACUCAUUAAAAUCUGGGGUGCCUAUGAUGGCAAGUUUGAGAAGACCAUCUCGGGCCACAAGUUGGGCAUCAGCGAUGUGGCCUGGAGCUCGGACUCGCGACUCCUUGUGAGUGGCAGUGAUGACAAGACCCUCAAGGUCUGGGAACUGAGCACCGGAAAGAGUUUAAAGACCCUGAAGGGGCACAGCAACUAUGUAUUCUGCUGCAACUUCAAUCCGCAGUCCAAUCUGAUUGUCUCCGGCAGCUUUGACGAGAGCGUUCGCAUUUGGGAUGUGCGCACUGGCAAGUGCCUGAAGACCCUGCCCGCUCAUUCGGAUCCUGUCUCAGCGGUGCAUUUUAACAGGGACGGCUCUCUGAUUGUAAGCAGCAGCUACGAUGGACUAUGCCGCAUUUGGGACACGGCCAGUGGGCAGUGUUUGAAAACCCUGAUCGACGACGACAAUCCACCGGUAAGCUUUGUCAAAUUCUCUCCCAACGGCAAGUACAUCCUGGCCGCCACGCUGGACAAUACUCUCAAGCUGUGGGACUACUCAAAGGGCAAGUGUCUGAAAACGUACACGGGACACAAGAACGAGAAAUACUGCAUAUUUGCAAACUUCUCGGUGACGGGAGGAAAGUGGAUUGUGAGUGGCAGCGAGGACAAUAUGGUCUACAUAUGGAAUCUGCAGAGCAAGGAGGUCGUGCAGAAGCUGCAGGGACACACUGACACCGUGCUGUGUACCGCCUGCCACCCCACGGAAAACAUCAUUGCAUCCGCGGCACUCGAGAACGACAAGACCAUUAAGCUGUGGAAGUCGGACACAUAGAGUGGACGACUUGUAUCGCUGGUAUCCAGCUGGAGGACGGGAGAUCGGCCGGAGCAGCAGCUUGAGCUGCUUUACACAUACAUUUCUUGGAUAAUAUUAUGUUGAAGGAAUAUCAAUUCCUCUUUUUUUUUGUAUACAUAAUUUAUUGGAUGAAACCUUAAAUUCUACUUUUAAAUCACAAUUUAAAACUCACAUUCUAAGGCAGAAGAGAAAAACCCAAAAAAAAAUCGGAAAAACAAAAAAAAUUUUAUGUAUAGAUAUUUAUUAGCCUAUUGUAUUGGCCACAAAAAACACAAGCGAAAAAUAUUCCCUUAAAAUGUUUGUAACCUUUGACACAACCACACACCCAACCACAAAAACUAUGAUGAUCUUUCGGUGACGAGAAAACUAAAUUUAAGCAAAAGCCACACAUGGAUGCUCGGAGCAAAAUCCGAGCACCAGAAAGAAUAUAUAUAAAAUACGAAGUGUAAAUUUUAAAUAAAAGAAACACGACCUCAAUGACGCCCAAAUGCUCUUGCAUUUGAAUCGUUCUGCGAGGCGAGUCACUUAUUUGUAAUAGUUGAA